UAACAGAUGCUGAUUCAAGAUCACCUCACAUCUCAGUCAGUCAUGGGUCGUCCUGGGAUUCAGAUUUGGCCAUGGACACUGUGCGUCUUCUUGAGUUGGACGUCUGCCGGUCAAGCAGCGGCAGGACCGCACUACAUGGUCACCGUUCCCGCAAUUCUUGAAGCCGGAGCUCAGACCAAAUUCUGCGCGAGUCUCCGGCAGCCCAACGAGACUCUGGAAAUGACCGUCACUCUGUUGUCCGAGGAUGCGCAAACGAUCCUCCUCAAGCAGACGUCCAGUAAAGAAUUUCACACCUGCACUGAGUUUCAGGUCAGCUCUCCAGCUCUCAUUCAUCCUCUAAUGUCCACACCAAAUGUGAUGAUUAAAAAAAACAAUAUUUUUUAAGUGUAAAUGGGAUGUCUAAACACAUACAGUAACACAGAGUGGUGCAAAGUCACAGUAUAAAUCAUCAGAUGCUUUUAGUAAUACAGCACACAUUUGUGAUAUUAUCUUUUUAACAAAUC